AUGGGAUCCGAACUUGGGGUCACUGCCGCAUCCACGCCCCAGCCAGCCUAUACUGCGGUCAGUAUAUGGUGGGCCUGCUGGGCGGGUACCUGGACGGUUGUUGUUGCGUCUGGCAUGGCCUAUCUCAUCGCCCAUCGCAACACGCCUCCCCUCCUGCUGCGGGGCCUCGGGCUGUCGCUGUCCGCCGUUGUUAUGCUUCAUGUCUACUGGGCUUCAGUGCAAUUCGGAACCAUGGUUGGUACCAUCAUGCCCGGAGAUGCCGAGUACUGGAUCAUGGGCACCUAUCUACCUCGCUUCUACUACGUGGCUAAGCUUCAGGAAGGCUAUAUCAUUCGCAGUAGUGGCGGUAAUGAUUUAUCCUCCACCUCGAGGGGCAAGCUCGGUGCCGUAGACCGGUUCCGUCGCCUUGCAUACACCACCAAGAUCCUCGUGCUUGUUACGGUGGCGUCGCUCGUUCAGGUGUUUCUCACGGUCUUGAUGUGGCUCAUCUCUCGCAAAUGGCAUCAUACUUGGGGGAUUCCAGGCACCGAGGUCCAUGGGACCGAGAUGCAGCAAAAGUCGGAAAUGGGCCGGGGCUGGGAGUGGUGGCCUGGUGUGUUUGGACAGGUUUUCUGGUCGUGGAUUGUGGGCCCCGUCGUCUGGAAAUCCCGUCACAUCCACGACACCCACGGCUGGCGAGUCCAGACGAUGGGCUGCGUCAUCGCCAAGUGAAUCAAUCGCUCCGAUGAGGUCUGUCGCACGACUAACCCGUCCUCUAGUCCCCACCACGUCGUCGCUGUUGGGACUGGGUAAUCGUGUCAGGAAAGUGCAUCACAGCCAGAAUGGAGGCCCGUAUGGAACGGAGGUCCGUAUCCGUCCAUGCCCGCUGCCAUUCAUGUACAAUAGUUAGCUUAGAUGUUGUGGUACAAUGUACUGUAUACAGUAUUCACUCGGAUUCGGUUCCAUCUGUAGUAUAUCCUGGUCCUGAACAAUGACGCAGACGACGUCGCGAGUCCUGGGUAAUUCCCUCCGGUUCGCUUCGGACAAGCAGUCUGCGAGUCGGUGUAUG